CAACGGCUUGCAGAACUACAGCCUCGGAUCCAAUUCAUAUUUCUCCCUCGCUUUCGGAACAGGGAAAGAUGGAGUAAAAUACGCGGAGCUCGUGCUAGAGCGGCAGCUGGACCGUGAAGAGCAGCCGGAGCUGAAUUUACUCCUCACCGCCACCGACGGGGGCUCGCCACCCAGGUCGGGCACGGCUCAGAUCCGGAUCGUGGUGCUGGAUGCCAAUGACAACAUCCCGAUCUUCAGUCGGGAGGUGUACGAGGUGCGCCUGGCCGAGAACAGCCCCCCGGAGCAGCUGGUGGUGAGAGUGGCGGCCGCGGAUCCCGACGAAGGGUCCUACGGGCAAGUGCGGUACGCCUUCACCCAGACAUCGGAGCGGUCCCGGCAGCUCUUCGAGCUGAACCCCGCCACCGGGGAGAUACGGGUCGCGGGCAAUCUGGACUUCGAGGAAGCGAAAAGCCACAAGAUGGUGGUGAAAGCCACGGACGGCGGGGGGCUGUCUGCGCAUUGCAAAGUGCAGGUGGAGGUCCUGGACGUGAACGACAACGCCCCCGAGAUAGCGCUCACCUCCCUCAGCGCCUCCAUUCCCGAGGACGCGCCGCCGCGCACCGUGGUGGCCCUGUUCAGUGUGCGGGACCGGGACUCCGGGGACAACGGCAGGACGGAGUGCGUGAUCGACGGGGACUUGCCCUUCAGUCUCAGCCCCGCUUUUGACAAUUACUACGAGCUGAGGACAAGCGCGGCGCUGGACAGGGAGAGGACGGCGGAGUACAACAUCAGCAUCACGGCCCUGGACUGGGGCGCGACGCGGCUGAGCUCUCGGGAAAGCCUCUUGGUGCAGAUCUCGGACGUGAACGACAACGCCCCCGAGUUCACCCAGGAGGUUUACACGCUGUGGGUCACGGAGAACAACAGCCCCAUGCUGCGCAUCGGCAGCGUGAACGCCACGGACGCCGACGCGGGCAAAAACGCGCGCGUAAACUACGCGCUGGUGCGGCAGGAGGGCAAGGAGCAGCCCGACGUGUCGGUCAGCUCUGAAAACGGCGACGUCUACGUCCUCCGGCCGCUGGACUUCGAGCCCUCCCUGCUGGUCUUGACUCCGUUUGCAUCGGGCGUGGAGCUGGCGCCGCGCUCGGCGGAGCCCGGGUCGCUGGUGGCCAAGGUGGUGGCGGUGGACGCGGACGCGGGUCAGAACGCGUGGCUGUCGUACGAGCUGGCCAAGGCGACGGAGCCGGGGCUGUUCCGC